GCCUUUUCUGCUACUAUUUCGAAGCUUCAUUUUGAUACUAUGCGUAAACUUAAGAGUAUUUCCUGCCUUUUUCCGACAUGAGAGUCAUCACCACAACUGCUUUGUUGAACAUCCAACACACAGCUACACAGCCGACCCCCAACCCUCUCCCCGUAACUUGCUCGUCCCCCGCAAUCUUGGCACUCUUUGACAGCGGCCUCUUUCCGCCCAUGAACCCACCAUCCCCGGAUUUACAGGGGCAGGAUGGGACGGAAUCCCGGUCAACCAACCACUGAGAAGACAGGAACAACAUCCAGUUCAAGGCCGAGGCUCGUGGUCCGCCUGCUUUGACAUAAAUAGCGAAUACGUUCUGCUGGUAUUCAAAAUGUGAUUUCACAUCAUCUUCUGCAGUCUUUUUUAUCCCAACGAACGCGUACCCACCGUUACAAUGGAGCCUUCAAGUUCGAAUACUGGUUUUAUCCAGCAACAGCCGGUGAUCAGCAACCAGUUCUAUGAUGAUGUGAGCUACCAAAGAGUAGCCAGAUUAUUCCUGCCAUCGGAUAUCCUUGACAAAAUCACACCCGAUGCUGCUCAGAUCGGCCAAGAGGUCUUGUCUCAGCAAGUCUUCGAUUGGGUAACUGACGCCGAGCAUAACCAGCCAUAUCUGCGCGGAAAUGGCCGGGAUUUAUUCGGCAAGCCCAAAAGCGAGCUGGUUGUUGGCGAGGGAUGGCGAAAGCUUCAAGACUAUGGCUUCAAAAAGGGAGUCGUUGCUUUGAACUACGACACUGACCACGGCCCUUACACUCGCCUUGUCCAGUUUUUGCGGUGCCACCUCUGGGAAGCAUCAUGCGCCAAUACCCUCUGCCCAGCGGCUAUGCAAGAUGGCGCGGCCCGUCUCCUUCAACGUCAUCUGUUCACUUCCGCCGCGAAGAAACUCUCGCCGGUUGAACGUGAGGUCUUUCAGAAUGCCUACAGCCACCUAACCUCCCGUGACCCAACCAAAACAUGGACCAGCGGCCAAUGGAUGACGGAGCGAACUGGCGGUAGUGACGUAUCUCAGACAGAAACCGUAGCCACUUACGACCCCUUUCCUUCCUCAGCCCCAGUCCCCUUGGCAUCACAGUCCGAAUCUAUCCCCCUCGGCCCAUGGUCCAUCUCCGGCUUCAAGUGGUUUUCAUCAGCCACCGACUCCCACAUGACCAUUCUCCUCGCCAGAACCCAUCCCUCCAAGGGCGUAUCCGCCUUCUUCGCCCCCAUGCGCCGCCAUAACCCUUCCCUAGUCUCCCACACGGGCGAAAGCGGAAACGGCACCGAACUCAACGGCAUCACCAUCCAGCGUCUCAAGCACAAAUUCGGCACCCAAUCCCUCCCUACAGCAGAGCUCGAGCUCAAGGGUAUGCGAGGUUGGCUUAUUGGCGUGGAGGGCAAAGGAAUCCAGGAAAUCAGCACCAUCCUCAACAUCACCCGCGUGCACACUACCGUCUCUUCCAUGGGCUACCUCGGGCGUUCGCUCGGCAUCGCCCGGUCCUUUGCCCUUGUCCGCCCCGUCGGAAUGGGCAAAGGCAAGCGAAUUGCCUUGUCGUCGCACCCUUUGCAUAUGAGAACACUGGCCAACAUGACGACUGACUACCACGGUAUGAUGCUGCUGACGUUUUACACAAUCCACGCUCUCGGUCUGGAUGAGCGGUCUCUUCCCUCCAACCAAGCGGCGACAAAGGUCCCGACUCCACCUAAGGAGUUGGUCCAGCCUUUACUCAGGGUACUGUCCAGUCUUCACAAGUCCUAUGUCUGCGAGACAACUGUCCCACUGGUGUACGGCUGCAUGGAAGCGCUGGGAGGGGUAGGAUACAUGCAGAAUGUCGAGUCUGAGCAUCUUAAUAUCUCUAGACUAUUCCGUGAUUGCUGCGUUGGUGCUAUUUGGGAAGGGACGACUGAUGUCUUGGCUAGUGAUACGCUUCGUGCUUUGAAGCACCCCCUGAGCGGGAAGCAGUCAGUUCAAGCUUUGGAUUGGUUGAUUCUGUCGUCGAAGAAUGCAGGGUUGGUGGAGGAAUGGCAAGUGUUGAAGAACAAGAUUGAUACGGGCAAGCAGGAGGAACUGUUGCCUGAGGCUAGGGGGUUGGUGUUUAGGAUUGCGGAGAUUAUCAUCUCGGUGCUGUACUUGGUUGAUGCUGAGGCUGAUCCGGGGGUGGAGAUUGAGGCCAUGUGUGCUAGGUUUAUGGAGAAGAAGGGUUUCAGAGUUUAUGAGGCGCCGGGGAAGAGGGCACGGGAAGGAGGGUUGAAGCUCGAUCAGGCGAUUGUUUAUGGCGCUGGGAAGGACCUUGCUCAGGGGGCGAAGCUCUAA